UUUUCAAAAGCACAGUGCCAUUUUCGUCAGUAGCAUUCAUUCAAUUAUCAGAGCUUUUCCAACCUCACCAUCAUCAUCAUCAUCAUCAACCUCUUCUUCUUCUUCUUCGAUCAGUUUUGCCAUAUCUGCUUGUGGCUAAAUUGAGCAAUUCGAUACGACAUCCUCAGCUUCAUUUUCGCAUCCAUUCCAUGGCUAAGUUGCUGGGUUUCAAUUCACCUAAUUCCGUCGUAUUUUCCUCCGAGAAUAUAAACUCUAUCCUCUCGCCAUGUACGAGCACAAUGCUUUUCCCCAAAUCGACUCCAAAGAUUUUUGCAGGAAUUCAGCUCAGGAGCAGUCAUUUUGUACCAAGGUCCUCUAACGGCCCUCUCAAUGCUGUUUCUUUGCAGGAUGAAGGUUCGGCUACAAAUCCUCAGACAGAAGAUACCGGCAUUCCUGUAUUAGGACAAGAGGGUUCAACUCUUAGCAUAACUGUUGUCGGUGCUUCAGGAGAUCUUGCCAAGAAGAAGAUCUUUCCCGCCCUUUUUGCCCUUUUCUAUGAGGAUUGGCUACCUGAGGAUUUCGUUGUUUUUGGUUAUGCUCGGACCAAGAUGAACGAUGAGGAGCUGAGAAACAUGAUCAGUCGAACACUGACUUGCAGAAUCGAUCAAAGGGAAAACUGUGAUGAUAAAAUGAAGCAGUUUCUGAAACGGUGCUUUUACCACUCGGGGCAGUAUAAUUCCGAAGAACAUUUUCUCGAAUUGGAUAAAAAAUUGACCGAGAAAGAGGGUGGCCGAGUAUCGAAUAGGUUAUUUUACUUGUCGAUUCCUCCUAACAUAUUUGUGGACGUUGUCCGUUGUGCGAGUACCAAAGCUUCUUCAACAACCGGAUGGACAAGAGUGAUUGUCGAAAAGCCAUUUGGUCGAGACUCAAAAUCGUCUCAUGAGUUGACACAAUGUCUAAAACAAUAUUUAUCUGAGGACCAAAUAUUUCGAAUUGAUCAUUAUUUGGGCAAGGAGCUUGUCGAGAACUUAUCUGUGCUUCGGUUUUCAAAUCUCGUAUUUGAGCCGCUAUGGUCAAGAAACUACAUCCGCAGUGUCCAAUUAAUAUUUUCCGAAGAUUUUGGCACCGAGGGACGAGGAGGAUACUUCGACAACUACGGAAUCAUCAGAGAUAUAAUGCAAAAUCAUUUGCUACAAAUAUUGGCAUUAUUUGCGAUGGAGACGCCGGUUAGCUUGGCCGCCGAGGAUAUAAGAAACGAGAAGGUCAAGGUAUUGCGGUCGAUGAGGCCAUUGCAGCUUGAAGAUGUGAUCGUAGGCCAAUACAAGGGCCAUAGCAAGGGAAGCAAAUCAUACCCGGGAUACACUGAUGACCCUACAGUUCCAAACAGCAGCUUGACUCCGACCUUCGCUGCAGCUGCGCUCUUUAUCAACAAUGCUCGAUGGGACGGUGUCCCUUUCCUCAUGAAAGCCGGCAAAGCCCUCCAUACCAGACGCGCUGAGAUUCGGGUUCAGUUCAGACAUGUCCCGGGGAAUUUGUACAAACGAAACUUCGGGACUGAUUUGGACAAAGCUACAAACGAGCUUGUGCUUCGCGUGCAACCGGAUGAAGCGAUAUAUUUGAAAAUCAAUAAUAAAGUUCCCGGACUCGGUAUGAGAUUGGAUCGUAGCGACCUUAACUUGCUCUAUCGAGCCAGGUACACGAGGGAGAUACCGGAUGCAUACGAGCGACUCCUAUUGGAUGCGAUCGAAGGAGAGCGCAGACUAUUCAUAAGGAGCGACGAGCUGGAUGCUGCAUGGGCACUAUUCACGCCGCUGCUGGAGCAACUAGAGGAGAAGAAGAUGGCCCCGGAGCUGUACCCAUACGGGAGUCGGGGCCCCGUCGGAGCGCACUAUCUUGCCGCCAAACAUAAUGUCCGAUGGGGAGAUCUUACCGGUGAGGACUAAUUAUGGUAUGGUCGCCUGAUCAUUUCUCUUUAUGUCGAUCUUCAUAUAUAUAUAUAUAUAUAUAUAUUCUUGUAUACAUGUGUAUGGAAUAGUUUGUACUUUUGAAAACUGAAAAAACAUCGAUUUGUUCUA